AUGUUGCCCCUCGGUCUCUUGAAUGCAGCCCAAGGUCAUCCUAUGCUCGUAGAGCUUAAGAACGGAGAGACACUAAACGGACAUUUAAUACAAUGCGAUACAUGGAUGAACUUAACGCUAAAGGAGGUCAUCCAGACGAGUCCAGAAGGAGACAAAUUCGUCCGUUUGCCCGAGGUAUAUAUCAAAGGAAAUAAUAUCAAAUAUCUCCGAGUACCAGACGAGAUCAUCGACCUUGUGAAGGAGCAGCACCACGGUCAACAAGGUGGAUUUAGAGGCGGCCGUGGUGGACACGGCCAGCAGAGAGGAGAUCACGGCGGUAGAGGCGGUGACAGAGGCGGCCGGGGCGGACGAGGCCAAGGAAGGGGUAGGGGCAGAGGCCGAGGAGCUUGA